CCUUUCUCGUCGUUCACCAUCGGAUUACUACUAUCGUGAUGAAACUACACGAGAAAAAGGAGUCCGGAAUACACAGAGUGCAGGAGGUUCCCCUGGAGGAGCUGGAACUGUCCAAGGAGUACGAAGUGGAGAAGACACUCGGGGAGGGGAGUUUCGCCAAAGUUUUACUAGCGACUCACCGAGCGACGCGCACGAGGGUCGUCCUGAAAGCCGUCCACCAAGAAUUAACCACGGAGAAGGACUUUUUCCGCGAGUUUCACUACUCGUACCAUUUGAGCCCGCAUCCGAACAUUCUGUGCUCGUACGCGGUCGCGUUCAAAGCGGAGAAGUGUUUCGUGUUCGCGCAAGAAUACGCCCCGUACGGUGAUCUCGCGGGCAACGUCAGGGCCGGAGGAUUGAGCGAGGAAGCGUGCAAGAGGAUCGCUAGUCAGCUCUGCUCCGCGCUCGAUUUCAUUCACUCGAAACAGCUGGCACAUCGAGACAUCAAGCUCGAGAACGUGCUGGUGUUCGCGCUGGACAUGUCUAAGAUCAAGCUCUGCGAUUUCGGGUGUACCAGACGCGAAGGGACGCUAGUUAACAAGAUUCGUUGCACCUGGUUGCCGUUUCAACCGCCGGAGAUCUACGAGAUCGUGAAAAACGAGAGGUACGCGUGCAAGAGGAGCGCCGAUUGCUGGCAAUUCGGCAUCGUCCUCUUCGUCUGUCUAACGGGCAAUCCGCCGUGGCAGACGGCUGAUCUCAUUCAAGAUCCGGACUACUCGGCCUUCCAGAGAUGGCUCAAGAGGAGGACGACCAAAGUUCCGCCGACGUUCAGAAGAUUCACGCCUAGGUUACUCAGAUACUUUAGGCGAACGUUCGAGCACAAGCCGGAGAAGAGGCCGCAUGUCACGGAAAUCAACAAGUAUCUGAAAGACUCGUGGUGCGUGAACAAAAUCAGUCACAGCGCUACUUCUACGUUGGUAGACGCUAGCGAGGGUAUAGCUAGGAGAGCAGACAGUCUGCUGUAUCUGGACACGAUCUUGGACGAUCAACGGAACGUGGACGAGAACAAGAACAGGCUGAGGAAGCUUCUCAACAGUUACGGACUGGAGACGACGGUCGAUCAAAAAGUGGUGACCAAGAGGAUCUGGGAGUGGGUGAUGCAGUGCGACUCGAACAUCGCCGAACCGGCUUUCGUCGGUAGCCUCGGGACAGAGAGUAUGUGAGAGAUGGUAAAAGCUUCUAGCGAACCUUGCCUCAGAAGCGAUCGUCACCAACGAAAGUGCAGUUUCGGUGGCUUCGAGGCCGCCCGCGACGAACACGGCGCUCCGUCCCCUGUUCAAUGUGCCAAAGCAACGUUCGAAAGGCCGGCGACGAACUCGCCGUGACUCUUACGCUACCAACGAGCGCUUCGUCCUUUCCACACCCUCGCGCCGAAUUUCGAACGACGAACGACGAACGUCGACCGAUAAAAUCCCUACCCUCUUCUCUCCUUUCUCUCUCUACGAGCGGACCAAUUAUCCACGAAUGUAUCUGCGUAUAUACACGUAUUCACGUACCAGCCACUUUCGUACACUUCCUUUCGCGUCGAAUACAGCUUCGAGACGAGAAUUGCCUAAAGAUCCACUUCUCCACUCACAC